AUGGACACCCUUGUCAGCAAAUACGCCAACUCGGCCUCCUCGGCCUCAUUCGACGACGCAGACAACCUCGGCCAGAACAUGGCCGGAUGGGAUGCUGCCUCCCAGUUCGCCCUCCCCGCCUUCGACAUCCCCAUGGUCGCCAACCCUGUAGACUUUUUGCGCGCUCACACUGAUGCCUCUGCAGAGAACCGUAUCCGUAUCCAGCACGGAACCACCACCUUGGCAUUCAAGUUUCAGGGAGGAAUCAUCGUCGCCGUCGAUUCGCGUGCCUCUGGUGGAUCUUACAUUGGUACCGUCAGUUUGUCGAUCUCCUUCACGACUUCGCAGACGGUGAAGAAGGUCAUUGAGAUUAACCCCUACCUUUUGGGUACCAUGGCCGGAGGCGCCGCCGACUGCCAAUACUGGGAGCGCGAGCUCGGAAGGAGAUGCAGACUGUAUGAGCUCCGUAACAAGGAGCGCAUCUCGGUUGCCGCCGCCUCCAAGAUUCUGAGCAACAUGGUUUACGACUACAAGGGCAUGGGUUUGUCCAUGGGCACAAUGAUCACAGGAUGGGACAAGUCGGGACCACAACUGUUCUAUGUCGAUUCAGAUGGUACCCGUAUGAGAGGUGAGCGUUUCUCUGUCGGAUCAGGAUCGACCUUUGCCUAUGGUGUUCUCGAUACUGGAUAUGACUUCAACUUGUCUAUUCCCGAUGCGCUCGAAUUGGGACGCAGAGCCAUCUACCACGCCACUCACCGUGAUGCUUACUCUGGAGGAUCCGUCAACGUCUUCCACGUCAAGGAGACUGGCUGGGUGUUCCACGGCAACUUUGAUGUUAACGAUCUUCACUGGGAGUACCAAGCCCAGCCAAAGGGACCAAUUGUGUAA